AUGUGUGAGCAGUGCAGAAAUCAUCAUUCUGAAGAAAUAACAAGUAACCAUGAGGUUGUUCUUUAUCAUGACAGAAAAAGAAAACUUCCUUCGGAAAAAUGCAGGAUCCACCCCACAAACGACAUAGAUGUCUACUGUGAUUGUUGCCAGGACCCCGUUUGUUCUACAUGCUUUGCUUCAGACCACAGUCUUCAUGAUAACCGUCCCCUUGAAACUGUCUACAACGAAACUCUCCGACAAUGUCAGAUGGAAUUGAAUACUCUCUUGACAAAUGUUAUACCAAAGUCUGUAAACAAUCUUAAGUUACUUAAAGAAAUCUCUGAAAAUGUCAGAAAGGAAAUAUUCAAAUCAAGAUUAUGCACGAAGAAAAGAGCUGAUGAGAUGAAGGCAAUAGUGGAAACUUUAGAAGCCGAUAAUAAUGCAAAGCUGGAGGACGCUGAAAAAUCUGCAAUGAGUUAUGUUGUUCAACAAGAGAACAAAAUACAGGAUUAUAUUAAGUACGUAAAUGAUCUGAUCACAGACUAUGAGAGUAAAGUGUCAUCAAUAAAACACACUGACCUUAUUAAACUCCACGGGGAAAUCUCCUCAGUCACAUUGAGGAUGCCAAGGAUAGAUUCACCAGUCAUAACAGAGUUUACACCAGGCAAGCUGGAUCAAGAGGAAAUAUCAAAACAGUUUGGCGAAAUCAACAAACAUCUAGCUGAUAAAGAAAAAAGCCAGAUACCUUCUUUAACCGAAGCAAAUUCAGAGUUAACAGCAGGGAUAAUGAAUAGAGAAGAAAUAUUCCAACAGUUUGGCCAUAUCAAAAUCAUUUCAUCUGACGAGGAAACAAUCCAAAAAUAUAGUUUGCUUCCCUCGUCUAUGAAAGAAUUAAAAAGAAUAACUAUCCCAAAUCUCACAACUGUUUGUCAUUUAUCUCUCUUACCAUCAGGAAAAUUUUGGGCCAGUGAUAGAAAGGGGAAUCUCAUCCAAUGUGACACGGAGGGGAACAUCUUGCAAACAUUAUGCACAAAAGAGUCCAUUAACAUAGGCUACCAUACAGUCACUAAAGAGGGAGAACUACUUUAUACAGAGAGAGAACUUAAAUCAGUUCACAGAGUGACUGAUGAUCUGACAACCACAGUACUAAAAACAGAAGACUGGAUUCCACGCUCAAUCUACUCCUCUCACAUCAAUGGACAUAUACUGAUUGGGAUAAGAAAAGAGAAAGAUGAUUGGAAAGUGACGAGAUACAACACAACUGGGGAAAGGCUUCAUGACAUUCAAACUAUUGAUGGAGGAAAAAUAUAUAAGAGUAUAAACUAUAUAACAGAGAAUGUCAAUGGCGAUAUUUGUACGUCAGAUUCAAGAGCCAAUAAGGUGGUGGUCGUGACAGAGUCGGGAAAUUAUCGGUUCUCUUACUUGGGGCACGAGUCUCAGUCUGUAUUCAUUCCCUUUGGCAUAUCAACAGAUGCUCUGGGGCAUAUCCUGGUGAGUAAUUGUGGUACCAUGCCUUCUAAGACGUUUUACAGUAUCCACAUGGUAGACAUAGACGGUCAGUUUCUGUCUCUUUUACUUACGCCAAAGCAAUGUCCACACUCUCCAAGUGCUCUCUGUGUUAGCGAUCAACACAACCUCUGGGUUGGUUUCAAUAUCAAUUCAACCGUGCUCGUGUAUGAAUAUCUAGAGAACACAAGCUCGGUAUAA